AUUGGUUGACCGAAGAAGCAUUCAUUGGCCAAGGACAGGCAGUCAAUGUACGCAGUCGCAAGUGUCCUAGAGAGCGAUGUGGCGCAUACGCACAGCCAUCUCACGAAUGACAAAGUCUAUAUAUCACCCACAUCUCUGUCAAAGCCCCAGUUGGCUGAGCGUCAGCCACAGCAAUGUUGAUCCCAACAACAAGAGGCCUGAAUAACGAUCACGCACGUGCACGGCCACGCAUCCACUUUCAGGGCUCUCCGUUGUCCCCGAGCUACUCUCUGGUGUGCCUGUACUGCUGCUCUGACCAUUCUCUGUGGGUCUCUCUGUGCUGCCAACGGUACUGCCGGUGCUGUCUGGGCUGUCUGUGCUCGUCCUGCCUGUGUCUCCUCCAUCCAAGUUGUCAUCGGUUGUCGCCGUACCUGCAUUGUCAGGCGUCCUUGUUGUUGACGACCGAGUUAAGAACAAAUCAGCCUCCAUGGCAUCCCGUACGUCCUCAGUAAUCUUCAGUGUCACGCCGUCCGCUCCCAGCUCAUAAGUCGGCAUCGCCGAGCAGAUUGCUCCCUUGUUGCUGCCACCGACCUUCGCUUGGGGGCAGAGGGGAGACACAUACUCGAUCGUGCCGCCUUCUGUGGAAAAGUCCGACGCAUCAGCUGAACAUUUGGUGUCUUGCCCGCCUUGCGCGCUUGGUUUUGUGAGGCUGUGGUAGUUGCCGCCGCCCUCGCCCCAGACGUCUUUGCAGUUGGUUGAUGGCCACACAUUGCCGGCGUAAUUGCGAUAAAUGACUGCAUGCCACGAACGAGACACACAGAGCGAGGAGAGCAAAGCAUCAUCCGGUGGUGUGUCUUCUCGUGAAUAGCAUGCCUGAGUCAGCGAGUGUCCACGCCCCGCCUCCGUUGGUCGCCACGGCAAAGCAUACGUCCCCAAUACUGAUGUUAUCCACAAUGGUCAGGGCCUUGGCCUCCCCAUCAGUGCUUCCGGAGACAACAAGCCCUGACAGCGAGACAAGACGGAUGUGCGCCUGUUUCUGCCCUGCCGCUGCUUUCACCUGCCGUCAGCCCAUCGGCACACGAGUUGCCCGAUAUUGCCACGUUGUCUAUGUCGCACUCUCUCGUAUUUGGCCCAAUAAAGAUGCUCGUGUAGGCUGACAGAGCAACACAUCCAUACCUUGCCCGUCCGUGUGUGUGUGUGUGUGUGAUUGUGGGAGGGGGAGGGGGGAGAGGGGGGAGCCUGUCUCACCAUCAGCAGUGUUGUUGGCGAAUAUGGAGUUCUCGAUGAUGGCUUUGCUGCCCUGCAGAUACACGCCGGCUGCAAACCCCUGAAAGAAUGCAUACAAGCCGGGGUAAAGCCCUUUGCAAAAUGGCAUUUCCUCACCUGAUUAUCGUCAGGAAGUAUGGCGUUUCUGUAAAAGAGGGCGUUCUCAAUGGUGGUCUCGUCACCGCCUUUCACCUGCCAUUCGUUGUCGGUCCGGAAGAUCGAUCCGCCGAAUGAGUUGGCCUUGUUUCCGGUGAACAAGACGUUACAGAAGUACAUGGCCUUGUUUUGGCCGUCGAUUGAUAUCGCCCCGCCUGCAUUCAAGCAACAUCACAAUGCGUGCGUCUCCCUCUUUGUGUGUCGUCACACCGUUGCCCCCAUUGCCGGGAUUGCCCUCCACCCCUGUGGCUUGGUUGUCAAUGAACCAGCUGUUUGUCACGUGCAGCGAAUUGUCUGCAGCAGAAAGGAGACACAAACUCUUCGGGGACCCCCGGUGCCUCGUGUUUCUGGCUUCAUUACGAAGGUUGCCCAUUGCCCCUCCGUUGCUGCCCUUAUUCAUGUAAAAGACAGACCGAUCGACUUUCGUCACGCCAGCCAGGCUAUAUAUCGCCCCACCGCCCACGUCUUGCCCCUUCUCGGGGGCGGCAUUAUCCCAGAACCAGCAAUCGACCACUUCCAAAGUGCCGCCUGAAGAAACCCGAGUACGCAUUGGUUUAUUUGUCUUGCCUUCCUGUGUGUCUCCUCUACCACCGACCAUAUCUAUAAAAGGCCCCUCCACCAUCUUUCGUCUCGUCGCCAGACACCUGCUUAAUGCUGCUCUUCGAUCCAGUCAAGCCCAAGCCUCGGAGAGUGACCACUGGCACCGGCUCGUCCCACACCCGCGUGUUCAUCACCAGCCGUGUCCCCUUGAUGACCGCCUUUCCGUUGCCGUCAAUGUAAGUGUUGUGCUGUGUGCUGAUCUCUAUUUCUGGCGUCCCCGAGAGGUCCAGAAUCGUCACCUCGUCACACAUGAUCUGCCAUGCCCGGUCAGCAGUUGCAUCCUUCGACGCCAGGAGCUUCUCCAAGACGGCAGCUGCGGUGCAUGCGACCUCUUCAGGCGAAGAUACUUUGGUGAUCUGCGGGCGGGUGCAUGAGCUUUCCCUGUCGAGCUGGGGAAGGGGAGAGAGGGUGAGAGCCACAUCUGCAAAUCCGGAGAGGACCAAGAGGAGCAGAAGGGAAAAACGACCACCCAUUGAAAGCCACAAGUCCCCCGGGUAGGUUGUGCAAAACGAAUCUUGGGCGGCAACUCGUCACUACGGUGGAAG